AUGUUCAUACCCGGGGGCAUGACUAUUGGCCUCCAAGUAAUCAUGGCUGAUGAAAUUAACGAGAUGCAACAAGAACUUGCACCCUUUGACCCAACAAAAAAGAAAAAGAAGAAGAAAGUUGUUGUUCAGGAUCAUGCUGAGAGCUCAACAGAAUCUCAGAUGGAGAAAGCAGAUGAUCCAAUACCUGCAGCAGUUGACGAUGGUCUUGAAAGUACAUUAAAUGGAAUAAAGAAUAACGAGAAGCCAGUUGAUUCCAGCUCGCUGAAUGAAGAAAGUGUUGAAGCCGUAGAACAUUUGGAUGGUGAUCAUGAGGAAGAGAAAAGAGUAAUCCAGCAGGAGAAUCGUUAUCCUUGGGAGGGAAGUGAUAGAUUUUACUUAUAUGAAGAGAUGCUUAGUAGGGUCUUCAACACUCUUCGUGAACAUAAUCCGGACCUUACUGGUAAUAGGCGUCGUACAGUUAUGAGGCCUCCUCAAGUUCUUCGUGAGGGUACAAAGAAGACAGUCUUUGUCAACUUUAUGGACCUUUGCAAGACGAUGCAUAGACAACCAGAUCAUGUUAUGGCGUUCUUGCUUUCUGAGUUGGGUACUAGUGGUUCACUUGAUGGGCAGCAAAGGUUGGUUGUUAAAGGGAGGUUUGCACCAAAGAGCUUUGAAGCGAAUCUGCGAAAAUAUGUCAAUAACUAUGUCAUUUGCCAUGGUUGCAAGAGCCCUGACACAAAUCUUGCGAAGGAGAAUCGUCUCUUCUUUAUGAGAUGUGAACAGUGUGGAUCAGAACGAUCUGUGGAACAAAUCAAAGCUGGUUAUGUUGCACUUGUUGGUAAAAGGAAGACUUGA